GUAAAAAAACUUUUUAAAGUUUUUUCUAUGAUGGCUUUAAAUUAUAAUGUAACAAUAAAUUAUCAUUAUAACAAAAAUGACAAUGAUUUGUCCAUAGUAGUAUCAGUAGGUAAUUGGAAAAGAGGCUGGCUAGUACUUCCACAGAUAAAAAUAGUAAUUAAAUUAAUUAAAGAUGAGGUUUUGUUUUUAAAAGCUAAUUUUUUAAUUCAUAGAAAUACUCCAGCUGCUG